CUCAAGAAGCGGCGCGAACAAGAACGCAUCCACGCCAUUGCCCAGGGCUUCCUAGCCGACCCCGACAAGCCGCGUACACUGGCCGAGGCCAUCACUCCCGUAGGAACCUGUCCGGACAUGUGCCCAGAGUUUGAACGUCUCGAGCGUGUUGUGCAGAAGGAUGUUUGGGGUCCUGAGCUCGACGACCAAGGUGCUCCCGCCGAGCAUCGCAUGGUAAAGAAGUUCAGACGCGCCGCAGCUGGUAUCGACGAGCAACUGCCUUCAGACUUGCGCCCUCCAAGUACUCUAAAAGAGACUGUCGACUACCUGUUUAACGAAAUGGUCGCCAAUGCCGAAUCACUGGGUAGCGUACAUCACUUUGUCUGGGACCGAACUCGCGCCAUCCGCAACGACUUUUCCAUUCAGCAAAUCACCAAACCCGCCGACGUCGAGAUCGCCAUUGAAUGCUACGAACGUAUUGCCCGCUUCCACAUCUUGUCGCUACAUCAGCUCGCCGUACCCGACAAGCCAUAUGACAAGUACGACUGGUAUCAAGAGCGAGAACAGCUAGACCGUACCCUCCUGUCGCUGAUGCAAUACUAUGACGACUCACGCGGCCGUGUAGAAUGCAAGAACGAGGCCGAGUUUCGCGCAUAUCUCAUCAUUUUUCAAGCUCAGGACCCAACACCCGAUCUUGAUGAAAGAGUUAAUACUUGGCCGGUGUCUGUCAGAUCUGAUAGACGCGUGAGAAUUGCCCUCGAUCUCAACUCCGCCGCUUCAAAUAUUGUGGAUCCUCAAGGUCCUCUAAAACCUCGAGCUGUUUACCCAGUCGCUCGCGAAGACUGGGCUCAGUUCUUCGACCUCGUCCGCUCCAACAAAGUCUCGUACCUCAUGGCUUGUGUAUCGGAGAUUUAUUUCAAACUUGUCCGAAGAACUGCUUUAAACGCUAUUUGGCGUGGCUUCAAGGGUCAGGUCGUUGAGUUCACCCUAUCCUUGAUGACCCGCAUACUUGGUUUCGAUGAUCCCGAACAGACCGAGACUUUCUGUCAGCAUUUCGGCUUUGUCUUUAAGGCAUCCAGUUCUGGCGGAGAGGAUUUCUUGGAUCUGGACUCG